UAUAUCCUCAACUCUCGCCCAUCAUGUCGACAGCUCCGGACCCCAAGAUUCAAGACCUGCUCAACAAGCCGAAGAGUGAGCUCACGGAAUAUGAGGUCGCUCAAGUCGAGGAGCACGAGCUCACCGCCGGCCCGCUGUCCCUCCUUCAGACCGCCACCCGCACCCACACCCAGGUCCUGAUCUCCUGCCGCAACAACCGCAAGCUUCUGGCUCGAGUCAAGGCCUUUGACCGACACUGCAACAUGGUUCUCGAGAAUGUGAAGGAGAUGUGGACUGAGAAGCCCAAGGGUAGCAAGGGCAAGGGUGUGAACAAGGAUCGCUUCGUGAGCAAGAUGUUCCUGCGCGGCGACUCCGUUAUCCUCGUUCUGCUCAGCUGAGCGCUCUUACCGCACUCUCUAUCUUGCGCACGCCCAUCCCGCCCAGGUGGCACUUUCCUGGUAUCCCG